GGCGGCUUGGAGUAGGUAGUUCGGUAGGGAGGGAGAUCAAACUGCGCGCCAUGGGUUUCCCUUUACGCUUCUUAUCAUCAUUGUCGUUGUGCCUCUUGGCCCUCCUCCUCCACCGGGCCACGGUGACAAGUGGGUGUUUCAGCAUGGAGAGGGAGGCACUGUUGGACUUCAAAGCCGGCAUCCACGACACCCAUAACCGGCUAUCUUCUUGGACGGGCCACCACUGUUGCACAUGGAAGGGAGUGAUCUGCGACACCACCACUGGCCACGUCGUCAUGCUCGACCUCCGAAACACAAAUACUACAGAUGAUUGGGCAUUACGCGGUCAGAGGAUGAUGAACUCGUCAUUUCUUGCUUUAUCUCAUUUGAAGCACUUGGAUCUUAGCUUCAAUGAUUUCAGCGGGAUCCGCAUGCCGGAAUUCAUCGGCUCCUUCAAGAAACUGAGAUACCUCAAUCUAUCUUCUACACAAUUCAUGGGAGGAAUACCUGCUCGGCUGGGGAACCUUUCGAGCCUCUACGUUCUUGAUCUACGUGCUGCUUUAGAUUUUACAUCCCAUGUUGACAACCUCCACUGGCUCUCCCAUCUUACCUCCCUGAAGCACCUGGACUUGAGCUGGUUGAACCUAACCGAUCUCCCAGAUUGGUUCUCAUCGGUGAACAUGCUGCAUUCUCUCCAAGUUUUAAGUAUGUCUUUCGUUGGUCUCGAUACCAUCCCAGCAACUGUUGUCCACGUCAACUUCACCUCCUCUCUUACCGUCCUUGAUCUCUCCUAUAAUCAUUUCAAGUCCACCUUACCCAAAUGGUUGGGGAAUAUUAGUGGUCUUACCCAUCUUGAUCUUCAUGCUACCGGGUUCUAUGGCGUUAUUCCCGAUGCAAUUGGAGACUUGGGCGGACUGAAAGAAUUAUAUAUGUCGAGGAACCAAUUGACAGGAAAUUUGAGCGGUUGGUUGGAGCAAAUGACGAAUCUCAUCAUUUUGGAUCUCCGAUCUAAUUUAUUCAACGGUUCCAUGCCUUCCUCCGUUGGUAAGUUCUCUAAUCUCACCGAAUUGUAUCUCGCUGGAAAUUCUCUUGGAGGUGUUAUUUCAGAAGUUCAUUUUGAGAAUCUUACGAGAUUGCAAGUAUUAGACUUGUAUGACAACUCCAUCACCAUAUCAAUUGGCCAAAGUUGGGUCCCCCCUUUCCAACUCAGAUAUGUAGAUUUAACCAAAUGUCAGUUGGGACCUCAAUUUCCAGAAUGGUUGCAGUUCCAAACACAGAUCCAAGUGUUAUCCAUGGAUUAUUGUAAAAUUGCAGGGACAAUGCCCGCUUGGUUUUGGAAUAUUUCAUCUUCUACCAUCACAUAUUUAGACCUUUCCAACAACCAAAUAGGAGGCAAGCUGCCAUCUUCUUUAAAGUUCACCAAGUUGGUAAUAUUAUAUUUGGAUUCCAACAGAUUUGAAGGUCCACUACCAACGAUGCUACCGUCUACACUUCAUACUCUAUCUCUCUACAAUAAUUCCUUUACAGGGCAAUUGUCGAUAUGGCCUCAUGUUACAUUUGUGUUCAUCUCAGAUAAUAUGCUUGACGGUGGCUUAUCUUCAUCAAUCUGCCAAUGGACAUAUCUCGAAUAUCUUGACCUUUCGAACAACAAAUUACUUGGUGAGAUCCCUUAUUAUUGUUUGGGAAAAUCAUUACAAAAUCUUUGGUUCUUAGAUUUGAGCAACAACCAAAUAGGAGGCAAGCUGCCAUCUUCUUUAAAGUUCACCAAGUUGGAAAGAUUAUAUUUGGAUUCCAACAGAUUUGAAGGUCCAUUACCAACGAUGCUACCAUCUACACUUGAUACUCUAUCUCUCUACAAUAAUUCCUUUACAGGGCAAUUGCCGAUAUGGCCCUAUGUUAGAUUUGUGUCAAUCUCUGAUAACAUGCUUGAUGGUGGCUUAUCUUCAUCAAUCUGCCAAUGGACAGGUGGUCUCGAAUACCUUGACCUUUCGAACAACAAAUUACUUGGUGAGAUCCCUUAUUGUCUGGGAAAAUCAUUACGAAAUCUUUAUAUCUUGAAAUUGGACAACAAUCACUUCUCGGGUGAAAUUCCAUACACGAUCGGAUUUUUAAGUGAGCUUAUGCUAUUGCAACUGAAAAAUAACAGUUUUUCGGGUGAGGUUCCUUUGUCAUUGAAAAAUUGUACAAAUUUAUGGUUUCUUGAUCUGGCUCAAAAUAAUCUUGUCGGAAAUAUAAUGCUAUGGAUGGGAGAAAAUCUACAACAACUGGCAGUACUUCGUCUACGUUCAAAUAUGUUUUCUGGAGUUAUUCCUUGGCAACUUGCUAGAUUUGAACAACUUCAAAUAUUGGAUCUUGCUAAUAACAACUUCUCUGGUUCAAUACCUCACAACAUUGGUAAUUUAAGUACCAUGAGAUUGACAUCACAAUAUUAUGCAUUUUGUUCUUAUGAAUCAGAUGUCUUUACAAAGGGACAAGAUCUUCAUUAUUUACGAUGCAGCAUAAGUCUUAUGAAAAGUUUGGAUCUUUCAAACAAUCGACUAACCGGAGAGAUACCAAAAGGAAUUGGAGACCUCGCAGGACUCAAGAACUUAAAUUUGUCAAGAAAUCAUUUACAAAGUAAAAUCCCUUGGGAGAUAGGAGGAAUGAAUUCAUUAGAAUCCCUUGAUCUAUCGAUAAAUGAUCUUUCUGGUAGCAUUCCCGAGAGUUUAUCGGCUUUAUAUUUCUUAAGCUAUUUGAAUUUAUCAACUCCAAACUUUUAUUGAUCCAUCCAUCUAUAUGGGUAAUGCUGACUUAUGUGGACCACCAAUUUCCAAAAGUUGUUUCAAUAAUAAAACAACUCAAAAUAUUAUACAAGAGUACAAGAAGGAGAUUCCCGAGUGGUUAUGGUUCUAUAUCAGCAUGGUACUAGGAUAUGUGAUGGGAUUUUGGAUCUUUUGUGGUAUUCUCUUCCUCAAAGACACAUGGAGGCAUGUUUAUUUCCAUAUGAUUGAUGAUAUAUAUGAUCGGUUCUGGGUCCAAUGGUAUUUAAUCUUUUGACGAUUACUUAGACUUUAAUCUCAAAAUUUCGUGUGUGGAUAAUCCAAGAUUUUACCAUAGAGGGAGAGAAGGUAUCCAGAAGAUAAAUAUGAUAGGACAUGGGAUCCUUGCAACAGUUAUAUUGGUUGUGAAACAUGGUAUUUUACGAGCAGUACUUUGGGAAUCAAGACCACUCGUGGUGAUGCUUAUGAGGUCCCAGGCGUGGUCAUGGGGACUGCAACUGUUGCUGCAGAUAAUUUUACAUUGCAAUAUUUCUUGCACUAUGGCCUCAAUUCGAGUGUUCAAACAACAUUCUAUAUCUAUUUGCACUUUGCUGAUUUCAACUAUUUAAGUGGGAAUGGAAGUAGAAUUUUUCAGGUGAGAGCAGAUGGGGAACCCGAUAGUGAUAACAUCAGUCCUGCAUAUCUACUGGCAACUCAUGUCCAUUUCAUCCAUCGGCUGGCGUACCCAGGUUUAAAAGGUUAUUUUAAUCUGACAAGGGUGGCCUGUUCCACCCUUCCCCCCAUCCUCAAUGCUGCUGAGGUUUACAUUCCUAUUAAUCUUUCAGUUUUGGCAACAGAUCCAGCCGAUGGUAUGCUAUCCCACCACUACUUUGGACAUCCAUCGCUCUAGUCCGGCCAAUAACUUGUAUCAUCUGCUUCUUUUUUUUUUUCCCCUCAAGAUGAACUGUGUUUUUCUUAUUAAUUACCUGCACACUUUUGAAGACUAACAUGCAAUGUGACCAUUCAUGCUUCCCCCCCCUUUGAUCCAUUUUCUGAAGGAAAAAAGUGUAGUAUGUUAUUGGCAGUGCAUUAUCCAUUUCACUGGUGUCUUACCUGAACAUAUACAAUAAGUUGUUUGCUUAUUUAGCUGAUUGCUGAUUUGAAGUUUACAUAUUAAGUUGAAGAUGAAUAUAUUGUCUCUUUCCUUUAUUUUGUUGUAGCAUAGGUAAAAUGAAGCACAUUUUCUGCCACCUUUGUUAAAAUAAUCAGUCUACUGGAACUUACGUAGGGAUUCAUUUGGUCAACUUGGAGUGUACAAUAAUUCCAAAGACUUGCUUAUUGCAAUGAAAUAUUUGAGAUAUUAUGCAUAACUGUCAAUCAUAUGUUCAGAGGAUGUGCCUACUUUUCGGGAAAAUAUGUUAAUUAUUCUUUUUGAGUCCAAGCACUUGAACCAUGCAUUAUCAGAAAUUAUAAUUUAUAUUCAUCUGCGCUUUUACUUCUCGUGGUGAUUUGACAUGUAUGAGAUGAUAAGCAAAAGUUAGAUUGACAACAAUAUAAAUGACUGAUAUUGACAAUAUAUAAAAUGACUGGGUUACCAUACAACAAGUGAUGUAUCUAAUGGUUUUGAUGUGCUUGUAUAUAUCAUUUCAAGAUAAUUAUUCAUAAGCUAGGUCAAGCACAAUUUGGAUAUUAAUAUCAAUGGUAAGAUCAUACAAACAUCAGGAUUUUCAGUGAUCAAAGUUCUAUCGUUUAAACCAAAUCAUAUAAGGUGUGGCUAGGUGUGCUCAUGCAUGUGAAACGCUUUUUCCGGGCAGAGUUGUGUCAAAAUGCUUCAUGGAGCCCAUUUACUACUUUGAAAUGAAUAUUAAAUUUUUUUCCGAGGGGGCUACAAUAAUCAUCUACAUGGCAUGCAUCCAAUUACAUGCCAACCUUGGAUUUUUUUCACAAUAGCUUGAAUUCAGUAUGGUGGACCAUGGUUGAUCUGUACCGAAGCUAUCUCUUUCCUGAAGUAAAUAAGAAUUUCUCUCUGCAUAGCAUAUCAGAUAUUGGCUUAACCAGUAAAAUUAACAGUUGAUGCUAUGAUGGGGAUAAAGAAAUUAUAUCAGAUGAAGAUAUGGCAGGGUGAUCCUUGUGCUCCGCAGCAAUUCAUUUGGAGUGGAGUAAAUUGCACCUACUCAAGCUCUGGUACCCCAAGAGUCAC